UAUAUGUGUGUGUAUAUAUGUAUAGUACAUACUGUAUACAAUUCUUAUGUAGUAUGGAAUUGGGACACAGCUAUUUUAAUGAAUGACAGGCCAUCAACCAGUGGUAGAAUUGAACCUCAUACCAUUAACCCCUGUUGAUCAUCUUGUCGCUCUGCUUUCCCUCCAGGUCAUGAACUUUCUGAAAAAAAUGUCGGGAAACGAGUACGUGGGUUUCAGCAAUGCCACAUUCCAGUCGGAGCGUGAGUCAGGAGAUAGGAACUUUGCCAUCGGCUACUACCUGAAAGAAAAAAAGUGUUUCCCAGAGGGGACAGACAUGACAUCUGUACUGGACUUCUACUUUCAACUGUGUUCCAUUGAGGUGACCUGCGAGAGCGCCAGCGUCAUGGCAGCCACCCUGGCUAACGGCGGCAUCUGCCCGAUAUCGGGUGAGCGCGUGCUGAGCCCCGAGGCGGUGAGGAACACCUUGAGUCUGAUGCACUCCUGCGGCAUGUACGACUUCUCAGGACAGUUUGCUUUCCAUGUCGGUCUGCCAGCCAAGUCUGGAGUGGCGGGGGGGAUCCUGCUGGUUGUACCCAACGUGAUGGGCAUUAUGUGCUGGUCACCUCCACUAGACAAGCUGGGCAAUUCCGUCAGAGGAAUACAGUUCUGCACGGACCUCGUGGAGCUUUUCAACUUUCACAACUACGACAACUUGAGGCACUUUACCAAAAAGCACGACCCCCGCAGAGAAGGAGGGGACCAGCGGGUCAAGUCUGUCAUCAACCUGCUGUUUGCUGCCUACACAGGAGACGCCUCUGCACUGAGGAGGUUUGCACUGUCAGCCAUGGACAUGGAGCAGAGGGACUACGACUCUAGAACGGCCCUCCAUGUGGCCGCAGCUGAAGGUAACCUGCAUCCUAAAGGCGUUCUGUUCAUCCUUAUUGACUUCACAACUUCACAGUUGUCAAAAUCUGAGUAUAAUAAAAGGAAAAUAAGAAUAUGCAAAAGUAUGUGCAACCUUGUCCACAUAUUUUGGGUGUUUUUGAUCAGGGGCCUUAAAUCCAAAUAUGAAAAAUGUUCACAUUUACAUUUUAUACUAAAGGGUGAUUUCUAUGGAAUGCCAUUUAUUUUCAACAUUAAAUACAUAAAUAAACAUGGCUAUGAAUAAAAUAAAAGUAGUCUUUUAAAACUACUAGUAUAAACCAUUUAUUUGUUUAUUGUUUUCUAUAUUUAUUUAUGUAUAUAUUUAUUUGCCUCAUUUGUUUAUUCCCACUUUUAUUUCAUAGGCAUAUUUAUUCAUUUAUUUAGUUUAUAUAUUUAUAUUGAAGGAAAUUGCAUUCCAUAGCCUCUAACUUUGUGACAACAAUUUGGGGAAGGCCCUUUCAUGUUUAAACGAGACAAAUUAAAUACGACCAUCUGGUGGAAAGCCUUCCCAGAAGAGUGGAGGCUGUGAUGGCGGCAUAUUAAUGCCCAUGGCUUUGGAAUGAGGCAUUCAGCCAUCACACAUGGGUGUAGAUCUUUGUUGUCCUUUUACUGUGUGUGUGUGUGUGUGUGUGUGUGUGUGUGUGUGUGUGCGUGUGUAUGUG